CACCAUCACAAGACUAGAUAGACCCUGAUCGACGCAUAGAGCUCCUCAUCACUACCUCCUCUCUCGCAGACAUGGUUCACCCAACCACUCUCCGCUCCCUGCAAAGGACAGCCCGCCUGCUCAGCGACAACCUCCCAUCAUCCCCUGCCGCAUCCUCCUCUUCUUCCAUCUAUCAGCGAGCCGCCUCUUCCCUCCUUCCCCCUCUCCCCCUGUAUCGUCGCCUCCUUCGAGCUCAUCGCACCAAGCUCUCCUAUGAAAUGCGAUCAUUAGGCGAUACUUACCUUCGGGAUGAGUUCAGGCGACACAGAAGUGUAACCAACCCGCUGCAGGUUGUGGGCUUCUUGGGCGGGUGGAAGAUUUACUUGGAUCAGUUGGAAGGAGAACUUGAUGGUGGGAUUGCCGGUGCGACGACUGGUGAAGGUGGAAACAAGAGGUUCUUCGAGGGGAGGAAGUUGAGUGCUGAGGAGUUUGAGAAGCUCUCAGAAGAACAGCUCUACCAGCUGCACGAAUUCAUGACGGCCACGCAGGACUUGUAUGACCCCAAGGCACCUGGCCCACCUGGACCGCCGAGCGCCGAUGGGAGUGCUGAGACUGCAGAGGCGGCAGGGAGGAAGUCAGGAGCAGGUGAGGCUAAAGAGGGAGAGGGAGAGAAGGUCAUCAAGGAUAUCUUGGAGUCAUCAUCGCCGGAAAAGAGGAGAUGACGGGGAUGUUGAGGGCAUGAUGCGCACAUGAGAAGCUGGUGAGCGAGCCCGCUGUAGUGGAUGCGCCACUUUACCUCAGGCAAUAGACAG